AUGGACAGAGACCCUGAGUUGGACCAAGUUCUCUGCAAUGCACUCUCUCUACAAGAAGACUACCCAGACAUGUAUCUUUCACCAAACAACCAGGAGAAGUCCCCUACAACUACUGGGGCACAUACUGAGCCUUUAUCAGGCACGGAAAUGCAGAUACCACUUAAGGAUCCAAAUAUACUUCAAGAUACCCUGCUCGAGCUUUACUCCAUGCUGGGCAUCCCAAAUGAAGCUCCAGUCAGCAGAACGAUGAGCAGACCCAUCAAGCAAGGAAAGUCUGGGCCAUCCAAGGGCAGUCAGGAAGAGCUCCCUCUCACCAGUCCCCAUGUGAAUAAACUUGAAGGUCCCUUUGUAGAAGAGGAACUGGAAAGUUCUAAGAAGACCAAAGAUGAGGAAGAUGAUAGGCUUCCAUCAACCUCAGGUCAGAAGCACAGAAAGAGAACCUUAUAUAACAAACAACAAACCCUUUUCCUCCAGAAACAAUUUGACUUUAAUCCAUACCCAGACUAUGUGAGCAGGUGCUGCUUUGCCCAGGUUACCAGGAUCCCAGAGCCCCGUAUUCAGGUCUGGUUUCAGAAUCGUAGAGCAAGAUACCUUACUAAACCGCCCAAAUGCCAACAAACUGAGGAUGGAAGAGGUGUUGGAGGAAAGCCAUUAUUUGUACGCGGGGGUCCGUCAUAG